CUUCCUCUCUCUUUUUCUGUUUGUCUUUUAUUUUUUUUUAUCUUUCUUUUAUUAAUGACACGUACACCCAUAUAUCCUGAAGCCGAAAUACUCAUUGCAGCAAAAAAGCUUGCAAAACUAGAAAGCAUUCAAGGUAGCAACAUUGCAGAGAGCAGCAAAACCCCAAAGUUGCCCAGGAAAGAUAAACAAGUCUUUAUGAUUGAUAGUAUAUGGUGUACUCUUAUUAACUUGAAAAAUAAAUUUAAUGAAGGUAUUAAAAGAAAAGAUGAUGCGGAUAUAAAGAAAGAUAAAGCUGAGUCUAAAAGGCAUCGAAAAACAUUGACUACAACGCCUCCUCCCACUUCAACUGAAGUAUUAAAAUGUGCUUCCUGUAAUGAAAUUGGCCACAGACCUGCAAGAAGCAAGAAAUGCAGAGACUACAAUUAUACCUUGAAAAAAGUUAUGCAAAUGAAACUAGGAAAUUACCAUACCCGAUAUACUCUCUCUAUACCAUUUAAUGAAUUCUGUCAAGAUGAUACGGACAAAGAAAAUGCUUUACUCAAGAUUAAAAAAAAAAAAUAUAUAUUGUCCUUGGUUAGGGAGACACUUUUCAAGUCGCAGUUGUUCGUCAACUAUUUCAUUUUAAAAUACCCUAAAAAUGUCACAAGUGAUAUUUUCGACCAAAACUUUUGGUACAGAGUUACAAUGGCCGUUCGAAGCAGCCCAGAAAAAGUCCAUGACAUACUGGCAAAAUACAAUCAUGUAUCUUGGCUUGCAGACGCUUUUUCAGAUUUAGCAAAUAUACCCAAUGUGCAGUUGUUUGUUGAUGAAAACAAGCUAAAAAAUUACGGACAAUCACUGGCUACUGCAUGUGAAACAGUUGCAGUUAAUUGG